AUGGUUGACUCGUUGGAUGUGUCGGAACUCAUGUCGUUCUGGGAAGUGGUGAUGUUCAAAAACUCGUGGAUGAUCUGGCGACGUUUCGAGCGGAUCACAAUGUCAGUGGAGCUCUUCGGGUGGAAAGCACUACACGAAAAGAUGUAUCCGUUGACGGACCAAGUCGUUGUGAAGAUGGACUCACUCAAGUUCGACGUCUCCAUGCUAACUGACUAUGAUCCCGACUACAUAUGCAGAAUGCUCCAGCCAUUCUCUGGCCGUUUACUUGAAGAGGUGACCAAGUCAUGCCUUGAAAUCUGUCUUGAUCCGAUCGAAAUUGUCUACAUCUUGUGUACUUUAGCAUGGCACGUUGAAGUUCCGUGUAAACCAGUGAGUUCGAGAAACACAAUCAUAGCGGAACUCUAUCGAGAGCGGAUCUCUGACGAUUUACACAAUCACUACACAUUCGUCACAAAAACUCCUAAUUAUGCUGCUCGUCUUAUAAAAAUUAUGUCCAUAGUGCACUGUAUAGAGAAUAUUCACUACGAACGGUCAAAAGUGAUGGAGCUGGCGCGCAUAUUCGACGUUUUCAAGAUAGAACUCACCGAGAAAGGGUUCUUCUACUGCUGA